AUGGCAUACCGUGGCGACUUCCAAUUGUGCAACCUCACCUUAUUCCUGCGAUUGCUGAUGCUUGUUCAUUUCUCGGCCGCUGUUAUGGUGAAUAUUACCAUAGACGACACGUAUGGAGACGAAAAGACUGGCCUCAAGCCGAACUGGGUUGUCGGAUUCGAGUUCCAGAGCUUGGAAUGUCAGCAUCCCGGAACGAAUCCCAUCUUGACCACUACCUGCCUGCAGGGUGUUGACUCGUCGCUCGCUUAUAACCAGACCUGGACUGGGAUGACUAUCAACCAAACUACCAGUACACUUGGUGGGUUGACCCAACUGAACCUCACAUUCAAUGGAACUGCUAUAUACGUUUAUCACGUAAUUCCAGCGAUCAACGACUUCUCGGAGACCACGUUUGGCAUUGCGUACAGCCUCGAUGAAGACGACUCUAAGCUUGAAGCGUACAGCAAGACCCCUCAUACACAAUACAACCAACUCGCGUACUCACGGGAAGGUCUAUCUCCAUCUACUCAUACACUGGGAGUGACAAUUGGGGACCCUGGCCUACCCCAGAUGUUCUUCGACUAUGCGAUUUAUACAUCAAGAUCACGCCCACACAGGGACCCCACGAAUUCCAUUGGGUAUAAGGCUCCCGAGACGGGAGGCAGUGGGAUAUCACAAAAUCUUGGGAACAUCCUGUCGAAUCCAGCGUCCGCCGGACUCCCUUCACCAGAGACUGAGACUCGUACUCCGCUCAUUACCAACCCUAGUCUACAAUGCACUUACCUUGAGAGCGAGCGUAAUCGCCUUACGAUCCUCGAGCAGGAGGUAGAGCGACUGCGAGCGGAGCAUGGACAGCUGCACGUACCUCCUGCCUAUGAUGAGCUUGGGCCGCCAGACGGAAUGUUUCCUGGAGACAUGGCAUAA